UGUAUGAACCUUGACUUAGAAGAAAUGCUGUUUGCUGUAAUUUAUUAAGAAUUUACUUAUCAGAUAUAUAACUAUAACCAAUAUAACUUAAACAUGUGGUAAAUGAUUGUAAUAUUUUUUAUUGCUACUAAUAACAUACUUUUUAUUGAAGUUAUAAAGUAAAAUUAUCAAUACAAAUUAUUUCAGGUGUUACAUUCGCAAAGACUGAGAGAAAAGCCUUUGCAACCCUGGGUCAUUGCGGAGAAGAAUGGCAUGGUCUGCACAGCACACUGUGAUUGUAUGGCAGGGUUAGGUGAGGCUUGCACACACAUUGCAACACUACUGUUUGCAAUUGAUGCAACUGUGAAGAUCAGAGAUUCGAAGACUGUCACCCAAGAGCCGGCCUAUUGGCUUUUACCGUCUGCACUGAAAGACAUAAAGUAUCGACCAGUUGGCGAGAUUGACUUCACAUCAGCCCAGACCAAACGCUUGAAUUUGGACCAUUCGAUUGCAACUGGGACGCCUGUUGCAUGUCGUAUUCGCCAGCCUAAGGAAAUACCUGCUCCAAGUGCUAACAGAUUGGACAAGUUCCUGCAGGGACUUAGUAUUGGUAGGGUAAAACCUGCUGUCUUAUCAGUUAUAGAACCGUUCAAUGAUCACUUCAUUCCUCAACAGGCUCAAAAUAUUUUUCCAGAUGUUCUUUCUGACAUGUUCCAAGAAGAACUUUAUAUGCAACCGUAUAACAUCAUUUUGCAAAAAUGUACUUCAGUUAACAUCAGUGCUACAAGGGAGCAGAUUGAAGCCACAGAAAUGGCAACUAGGGGUCAAUCAAAUUCCCGACUGUGGCAGCGUUAUCGAGCGGGGCGCAUAACUGCAUCAAAAUUCCGAAAGGUUUGUAAAACUGAUCCUUCACAGCCAUCUCCCAGCUUGAUUAAGGAUAUUUGCUAUCCCGAGAAAAAAAAUGUAAAUACACCAGCAACACGAUGGGGUCUGUUAAAGGAAAGAAAAGCAAAGGAGCAGUACUUGGAGCUGAUGAAAAUGAAACAUGUCAACUUCAAGAUGAGAGAUUCUGGUUUUGUCAUUAGUGAGGAGCACCCACAGAUUGGAGCAUCACCCGAUGGAUGUGUCACCUGUGACUGUUGUGGUGAUGGUUGCUUAGAAAUAAAAUGCCCGUAUCUCAUCAGAGACAGAGAUCUUCAAAAUGUUAAAUCUGAAGAAAUGUGUUUGGUUUUUAAUGAGGAAGGUAAAUGGAUGUUGGACAGAAAACAUGAAUACUUUUACCAAGUUCAGUGUCAGCUGUUUGUUUGUGGACGAACGUAUGGAGACUUUUAUCUCUGGACAACCAAAUCCUAUCACUGCGAAAGGAUUUACAAAGAGGAGACAUUCUGGCCAGAUACUACACAAGCAGUUCUAUUCAUUUUUCAAGUUGGAAUUCUGCCAGAGUUGCUUGCGAAAUAUUAUUCACGGAUGCCUCUACUUGACCACACAAAUCAGCAAAAGAAAGCAAGCCCUCAAGCUGAGAUUGCCGAAGUGUGGUGUUUCUGCAAAAAGGAAGAAUUUGGAGACAUGGUUGCUUGCGACGGUCAGAACUGCCCCAUUCAUUGGUUCCACUAUGGGUGUGUAGGUAUAUUGACAGAACCUAAAGGCAAGUGGUACUGCCCUGAAUGCAGAAAAGACAGGAGGAAAUCAAGAAUGGUGAAGCGAUAAUGAACAAGGAGAAAAUCAUGAAUGAUAAAGGGAUAACAGAAAUAACAUUAUUAAACUGAAAUGUUAACAUUAAUAACAUUUUAUGUGGACAAA